AUGAACGGCGUUAAGGCAGAACCUGAUGUCGGCUUCAUGGACGACGAUUUCUACGAGGACACCGGCGAGAUGUCCAUCAACAAGGACAACCCACAGCAAGACGUCUGGCUCACGCGAAUCCCAGACUGGCUAUACGACGCCGUCUCCAAAUGGGAAAACAUCGCCGAUGGUAACGACAACGACCAGAUACAAAUCGGAGAAGUUUGCGCUUUCGCGACAACGAGUGGCAUCGACAAGGACAAGCCUAUGCGCGUCUUCCUCAACGAUCGCUGGCGCGCAAAGUCAAACUUACCCUCGGCCUUCCAACUAGAUCCCGCAGCGGCAUCCGAGGCUCAGUUAGGCAACACGUACGUCUUCACGGAGAAGGAUCUACCGGGCUUCAAAGGACAGGGAUAUGGAUACGGCAGAGGCCAACAAGGAAGCUUUGGUGGUGUACAAGAUCCGAACGCGCGCGUCCAGAAGCGAAGCAAAUACAAGAAGGCAAUUCCUAAGCAGACUGCGCUCAUCGGCCAUGCGACGCGCCAAUACAACGCGAACCCUCUCGAGACAAAGGAGUUCAAGGACUUCAGCGCCGCGCGCAUCAAGCAAGCCAUUCAAGGCUCCCACACUACCACCAUCAUUACGAAAGACACCGAUGUCUCAGACGUCAACAACUCCAUUACACUCAACAAUCGCUUCAAGAACUUCAUCAGGCCUACGACCAAGGCGAAAUCACAACAGAACAAGGCUGCUCGUAUGGCUCGUUCCGACCUCAUCGACGUACUCCACCAGCUGUUCGACGAGUACCAGUACUGGCCAAUGAAAGCUAUCAAGCAGCGCACAAAACAGCCGGAACAGUAUCUGAAGGAGGUCCUUGGCGACAUUGCCCUCCUCGUCAAGUCUGGACCGUUUGCCAGUAAUUGGAAGCGCCAGGCUGUAUUCGACAACCAGCGCGACACCAGUAAACAGGCAGAGGCAGCAGCGCCAGAGGGACCUGGUGAUGGAGACACCGAGGGCGAGGAUGAGAUGGAAGAUGUAGUCUAG